AUGGCGGAACAGAUGGCAGCAGCUGCAGUUCAAGCGACAGAGGGCGCUGCAGGUGCAGUUGCAGGUGCGGCCCGCCAGGCGGCGCCCGUUAUCGACUUCUCGGCUAACGGUUUCUGGGGCGGAGUCACCCUGAAGAUCACAGACCCCCGGAUCGCUGCCGGUGUGGUGGUCGGGGCCUCGGCUGUCGGGCUGGCCCUGGCGCUGUCCCGCUUUUACCGAGACAACAGGGAUGACGUGGAUGACAUCAUCAGGCGCGUCAUCGAACGCCUCAAGAGACGCCCCCGGCGGGAUGGAGGGGAACUGCAGCCGGAUCCGGAAGUCGUGGCCAUCGAAGAGGGCUCGCUCUACGUGCAUGUCGGCUUCCGUACCGAGGACGGCUACGACUUCUUCAGCGCGCUGUACGACCAGGAGUACAUCCAGACGCGUCUGAAGGUGGAGUUCAAGACGCUGGGGUUCCAAGGUGAGCUCAAGGUCAUCCUGGAGAGGAGCCAGGUGCCGGGUCGGGAGGAGGAGGAGGAACGGGCGGGGAGGGUGGACCCGGGGGUGGCUGAGAUGUUCAGGAGGAUGAGGAUCCAAGACGUGAGUUUCCAUCCCACCACGACACUCCUGCCUGAAAGUGAGUCUGGUAUCGAGACGGCCUCUGUGUCCGCUCAGUCCGGAGUGUCGUCAGAAGACGUGCCCGAGGGGCCUCUCAGGUGGAUCCGCCUCCGUCUGCAGCCGUACCAGGAUUCCCCUACAGCCCAGAGUAUCAUACAGGCAUGCAAAUCCAUGGAGAGGGGAGCCGAGCUGCUGACCAGCAGUGGCUACACAGAUCCAGCCGGACUCACCCUGCUGGCGGAGGGAAUCAUCCUGUGGGAACUUCUCCAUGCUGAACAUUGUAAUUAUCUCCUUUACGACCCUGAUUGUCUCCAGUUGGACAAGAAGCGACUGAAUCAUUUAACAUCCACCCAGCUGGAGCACAGCCCGGCCGACAGUUCCUGCCUGUUCCUACAGGCGGCGCUGCUGCCUUGGGGAGACAGUCGUGUUGAACGUCUCCGUCAGACCAUGAACACCAUCCUACAGAACGGCGAGGAAGACCCGCUCCACCCGUACCUCCAUCACAUCUCCUGCAUGCUGGCAGUUUCCAUGUCCACCGACCAGCCUGGCCCUGCCCUUGCUGCCUUCGCCACAGCGCUGAUGUACAAGUGUGAUUACCCACCCACCUUGUACUACACCGCUGUGUGUUCCAUGAAGGUGUCAAGGUCAGAAGGCAUUCAGCAGUUCCACCAGUACCUACGUGUAGUGCCUCCUUGCGACGCGUAUGUACCAGAUGCUCAUUACCGCCUGACCGUCCUGUACUGUAAGCAGCAGCCGGUGGAUCGGGAGAAGGUAGAAACUCACUACAGGAGCGGACAGGAGGCCGAGAAGAACAUGCUGCCUGUGUACGGUGCUGUACAAGAGUCGCUUAAAGGUCCCGCGAAGAAGGCUUACAACAGAGCAACCAGCACCAACAUGUAACAUAUUG